UUACCUCUCUGUGAGCAGUCACAGAGCCACUACCUGUGAGCUGCCACAACCUCUUUUACAGGCGGAUAUUCAGUCAAGUGACUUUAUUAGAGGAUUGGUAACGUUGCAUCUGUCACUCAGUAUUCGCGUCGAUUGACAAUGCUCUUUAGAAUCCUUCCGUGACAUCGAGUUGCUAUUUUGUUUUGAACAACUUAACAAAAAUCUUUACCUUACUCUUUAAAGGUACAGUUAGCUAAGAAUUUGCAGGAGACACAAUUGGCACAUUAUUUGCAUGAAAGAAAAUUAUUUCGAGCGCCUUGCUUUGCAGAAAAACGAACUGUAACACGUGUAAGUAAUGUUUUGACCAAUCAGUUCUGGAGGCCUGAGCUGAGGGGUAUAAAUUUGAGGCGGUUGCCGUAGAGACGUCUGCUACUGAAGAGUUGAACGCAAGAGCCUGUGAAAUCUUUGAAGGUAAUGCUAGCACGGUAAAGCUCGCCAAAUGCCAUGUUCGCCAAACGUAAACUUCUGAUAAGGAAAGCAUGUGAUGAGCACGAAGUUGCAGCAAAGCAUACUCAAGUCAGUUUCCUUCCUCUUGGCCUUUGGACACCAUGUCUGACAUAAAAGCCUGUCCCACAGUGAGUGGAAAUCCUCCUCCACCGGAGGUCAUAAAUCCCAAGAGACUUGGAUGUGUAACCAAUCAGCUACAGUAUCUGGAGAAGGUGGUGAUCAAAGCUUUAUGGAGGCAUCACUUUUCUUGGCCCUUUCGCCAGCCUGUUGAUGCAGUAGCACUGCGUCUCCCUGAUUAUUAUACAAUUAUUACAAAUCCUAUGGAUCUGGGCACUAUUAAGAAGCGUCUUCAGAACAAGUAUUACUCUCAAGCACUUGAAUGUAUACAAGACUUCAACACCAUGUUUACAAACUGCUAUGUGUACAAUCGGCCUGGAGAUGACAUUGUUUUUAUGGCACAGACCCUGGAGAAGCUUUUUUUGCAAAAGGUAUCCCAAAUGCCGAAGGAAGAGUGCCAAAUUACAGAAAUCACUACAAAGGAACCAGUGAAAGUGAGAAAGACCAAUGCAGGUUCAUUAAAGCAGAGAUCCCUUGUGUCGGAAGUUGUUCUUCAACAGACGGUGACAGUCAUCCCCCCUGAUGUGCCUCAGUUCACCCCACCCAUGCAACUCUCUGCACAAAUUGAUGCAACAAUUAAAAAAGGUUUUAAGAGGAAAGCAAAUCCCACAACCUCUACCACCUCAGCAAUCACCAGCAGUGAGGCAUCCCCUGCUGAUGAGCAUUCAGCACCUUGUGCAUUACUCUACAGGAGAGGCAGCGGCAGGCCCAUCAAACCUCCUAAGAAAGACUUGCCUGCCUUUGAGGGCAAGAAGGCCAGACUGUCUGAGCCACUCAGGUACUGCAGUGAUAUCCUGAAGGAGAUGCUCUCAAAGAGGCACUAUGCAUAUGCAUGGCCCUUUUAUACCCCUGUUGAUGCAGUUGCUUUGGGUUUGCACGACUAUCAUGACGUCAUCGCGCAGCCUAUGGACCUGAGCACCAUCAGGAAAAAAAUGGAUCAACGAGACUAUGCAAAUGCAAAAGAAUUUGCUGCUGAUGUACGACUGAUGUUCUCCAACUGUUACAAAUACAACCCACCUUCGCAUGAGGUGGUCUACAUGGCAAGGAAACUCCAGGACAUUUUUGAGGCUCGUUACCUGAAGGUUCCCCAAGAACCAGAGGUUUGCUCCAUACCUCGUCAGCGAGCCAUCAUGGGAAAAGGAGACAGAAUUGGCAGUCUGUCAACCUCAGCAAGUUCUGAAAGUGAAAGUUCCUCUGAGGCCGACAGUUCAUCAGAAGAGGUGGCCAUGCAGCUGGCCAACCUAGAGGAGCGGUUAAAAGCUGUCAGUGAUCAGCUGAAGAGACUUAGCCAAGACCCCCUGAUGAAACCAAAGAAAAAAGACAAGUUGAAAAAGGAAAAAAGAUCUAAAGAAAAGGAUAUUGCUUGGCUAAAAUCCAAAUCUUCAAAGUACAAAACCAUUGUAGAAAAAAACAUCAACAGCAAGGGCUCUACUUUGCACAGCAACAGACACAGUAUUCACACCAUGCCAAUGGAAUGUGAGGAUGAUGUCCCAUCAAUACCAAUGACUUACCAGGAGAAGAAGCAGUUGAAAUUGGACAUUGACAAGCUGCCUGGUGACAAACUGGGCAAGUUGGUGAACAUCAUCCAUGCCAGGGAGUCUUGUCUGCGUGAUUCCACUCUAGAGGAGAUUGAGGUUGACUUUGAGAUGCUCAAGCCUUCCACACUGAGAGCCCUGCAGAGGUUUGUUGCAAUAUGUCUGAGGAGAUGCAGCAAGAACAUUAGCAAGAAAAAGAUUAUAAAGCAAGAUAAAGCUGGAGAGCUAAAGGAUUCUAAAAGACCUACAGUUGACAGUAAAGAGCAGCACUUCACUAAGAAAAAAAAGGCAGUAGAAAAAUUUAUGGCAUCUCCUGACCUCAGCUGUCCAUCACGCCUCAGUGAUAGCAGCAGCAGCAGCAGCUCCUCAUGCAGCUCUGAUAGCAGCAGCAGCUCGUCACCCAGCUCUGACAGCAGCUGCAAUAGUAGUAGUCAUUCUAGCACUUCUGAUAGCAGUGACUCUGAAUCAGUGCCAAAAACAAAGAAGCAGAAAAGCAAAGAAUCUUGCCACAAGAUUAAGACAAAGUCAAAGGUCACAAGUGCUGCUCGUAGUAAGCAGAUAUCAGAGACAAAAGAUUUGACAAAAGCCAUGGUGAAGACUUGUCAGCCUCCCCCUGCUCCGCAGUCCUCUGUAGCAGAAACUAAUGGCCACCCAACACAUCGUACUACAGACCAGACCUGUGAUGAGCUGACUAUAUCACCUCCAGAUUUGUCUGCUCUUUUGUCCCCUAUGGCAUCUCCAGGAGUUCUGCUGGACUGGGCUGCUGCUAGAUUUGAGCAGGGCCCAGUGCUGUCCCCUCUGACAGAGAGCCCACUGCAAUCCAAAGAUGAGACAACGUCCAAUUUCAGAUACACAGAGGAUGUCCUUGACAGUCACUUGACUAAUGUGCCUUACACCAACCCAGCAAGUAAAACUGCUGAAGAGGAAAAACCCCAAAUUCCCAGAAAGGACAUUAUUCUGAAAAAUGCUGAGUCAUGGGCGAGACUGGUGAGACAGUCACUCACUCCAACUGCAGUCAAAUCCUCAAAGGAGAGCUUCCAGCAUUUCCGUAAGGCUGCCAUAGAAAAGGAGGAACGUGAAAAAGCUCUUAAGAAGAGACAGUUUGAAGAAAAUAGGGAGAGCGAGGCUCCUGAAAAGAGCAGCCUGGCAGAACAAAACCCACAACCUGUUAAAGAGGAUCCUGAUUCACCAGAGAACACUUGCACAGACGUUACCUUUGAUGCUCUCAAAGAUGAUGAGCAACAAAAGGCAAAGUCUCCCAAGGAACCACAGCCUCUGUCAGUAGAUAAAGAAAGAGAGGUGGCCCGCAAAAAGGAACAAGAGCGUCGCAGGCGAGAGGCUAUGUCUGGUAUUGACAUGACUAUGCAGCGGGACAUCAUGACUUCAUUUGAGCUCAACCUGGACUAAAAAUUAACUGGGAUUUACUUGAAAAGUGUGUCCUUUGUGCAAGACUUCUGAGUGUCAUUUCACAUUGGCUAAUGGUGGGGGAAAACAUUAAAGAAAAUAUGAAUGUGUCUUGCCCUUAAAUUGUAUUUGAAAUGGUUGUUAAAUGUCUGCACUGAUGCACUCUUAAAUUUGUGGUGAUUGGGGUGAAGCAUGUGAAGCAUGCAUGUUUUUCUGUUCUUUUCACAUUUGGUCGAGUCCUCUUACAGCUGACAGUUGUGUAUGACAGACUAAUUAAUGCACCCAUACUGCAGUUAAAAUACUACACUGUUGUCUUGAUUUCUGAAAUGUGCAGUGUUGUUUUGUUCUUGUGUUUAGAUUAUCCCAGUUAACAAACCCUAACCACCAUGCCUCAGUCAAACCUGACUCAAAAAUAUGUUGAAUGUAGACAAAACACUGGUUUAUAUGUCCAAGUUACACACAGAAGUCCUGUGACUUCUUUUUCUUUAUAAAACAUUUUUGCACAAAAGAAAAAUGUAUGUUUUGAACAGAGAUUGGAGCUGUAGUUCUCACCAGUGUUUCCAAUGUGGGACUGAUUUAAUAAUCUCAGUUCCCCAUUUGCUUGACUACUUGAAAAUGCCAUACAUUGUGUUAACUGGAUAUGCACUGCACUUUGUUGUUCAUACAGUUCUGGCUGUUCCAAAGUUGUUUUUGGACGUUAUCAGCAUAUUCUGUAUUUUACAGUCUGUAUAUGCCAGUAUAAAUAAGAAUUUCUUUCUCUCUUUUUUUCUUUUUUACUCAAAAUAAUAAAGCUAUUUUCACUAAGCAAUUUACAUCACCUCA